UUCUUCUUUUAAAAAAAUUCUAAAAAUACUGUCAAUAUGGCUGAAUAUACCGGCUGGGAAAUUUUGGCUAUAAUCAUGGCAUUUUUUUGUCCACCUUUAGGUGUAUUUAUGAAAAGAGGUUGUUGUAAUCUUGACUUAUGCCUAAGUAUUUUAUUGACAAUAUUAGGUUGGCUUCCAGGAGUUUUUCAUGCUUUUUAUAUAAUUUAUAAACAUCGCAAGCUUGAAGAAAGACUUUAUAGUGAAUAUAGUGAACUACCAUAAUUUUUACAUUACUUUAUAUACUCGGUAACAAUUAUUCAAGAACAAACAAAGUAUUUUUUU